AUGGAUGUUAUGACAAUAUUCAUUAUUUGUCUAGUUACUCUACUUUUGUGUAUUAUCUAUUUUAUUAAUUUAUUUCGUCCAAAGCCAAUAUCUGGUAUUAAAAUUGCUGAUAAUUAUUCAUGGUUAUUUGGGCAUUUACCAGCAUUUCAAACAAACAAGAAUCGUAUACAUGAAUAUCGUUGUCAUUUAGCAAUGAACGCUGAAUUACAAGGUGAUACAUGUUUUCAAGAAUGUUUACCAUUAACAUCAUCACGUGUCGAUAUUUUAACACCAGAAUUAAUCGAAUUUGUUUUAAAAACAGAAUUUGAUUCAUUUGGAAAAGGUAAUUAUUUUCGUGAUAAAUUACAUGUGUUAUUAGGUGAUGGUAUAUUUAAUACUGAUGGACAACGAUGGAAACAACAACGUAAAAUUGCAGCACAUAUGUUUACACAACGUUUAUUAAAUGAAAAAAUGAUACAUGUAUUCACUGAACAUGGUCAUCGUUUUAUUGAUUUAUUACAUACAAUACCUGAAGGUAAAAUAUUUGAUUUACAAAAAUUAUUUUUCUGUUAUACAAUGGAUUGUAUAUGUGAUAUUGCAUUUGGACUCAAUUUAAAUACUUUAACAUUAUCUGUACCUGAUGCACAAGAAUUUGUUGAUGCUUUCGAUCAAGCUAAUUAUCUUUCUUCAUUACGAUUUAUUCAACCUGAAUUCUCAUGGCGAUUGAAACGUCUAUUUAAUAUUGGUUCAGAAAAAAAAUUAAAAGACUGUAUGAAAAUAGUCGAUCGUUUUAUUUAUAAUAUAAUUCAACAACGACAAAAUGAUGAUACAACAACAAAUAAUAAACGUGGUGAUUUAUUAACAUUAUUUCUUGUUCAUGAAGAUAAACAAUUAAUAAAUGAUAAAUUUUUGCGUGAUAUUGUAUUAAGUUUUAUCGUUGCCGGUCGUGAUACAACAGCUACUGGUCUAUCCCAUCUAUUCUAUCACGUAUAUCAUUCGUAUCCAGAUAUCGAACAAAAACUUAUUGAUGAACGUCAUAAAAACAAUUCUGUAUAUCUUGAUGCUGUACUCUAUGAAUUAUGUCGUCUGCAUCCACCCGUACCAUUUGAUUUGAAAAUAGCUCUGAAAGAUGUGUAUCUUCCUGGAAACAUUUUUAUACCAAAAUCAACAAUUAUUACAUAUACACCAUACCAUUAUCAUCGUUUAAAAUCAGUAUGGGGACAGGAUGCUGAAGAAUUUCGUCCUGAACGAUGGAUUGAUGAGACGAAUGAACAAAAAUUAAAAACUGAAAGUCAAUAUAAAUUUAUUGCAUUUAAUGCUGGUCCAAGAUUAUGUUUAGGAAAAACAAUGGCACUAUUAGAGAUGAAAACAUUAGCAUCAAUGUUAAUUAAUGAAUUUCAUUUUGAAUUAGAUGAAUCGACAAAAAAGUUUAAUACACAAAUGAAAUUUCAAGGUACAUGUGCUUUUGAAGAUGGUCUGCCAAUGACAGUUAAAAAACGAAAAAAUAAAUGA